UAAAUGCCGCCUUAAUAAGCAAACUUUUGUAAAAAAAAUUGGCAUUACUCGAUGAAAACCUUUAAAUAAAAAUCGCUGAAAACCAUUGAAUCUUUUGAAAUUUGUAAUACCAUAAACCUUAGCUCAAAUGGCUCAACAAUCAAUAACAUCUUUUUUUAAAAAAAUAAAUCAUGAAAGUGAGGAAAAAAAAAGCGAUGAUUGUGAAGAAGUUAUUAAGCCCAAAAUAAAGAGAAAAAAUCCAUUUGAUGGAGAUUCUCCAGAAAAAAAAAGGACAAGUAAUGUUGUACCGGAAUCUAAAGAGACAAAUAAAGAAUCCUUUAAGGAGCACUCCCCUAAAAAGGGAUCUGAACUAAAAAUAACAUCCGCAGGUGAAGGUAAAAAGGGUGCUGAUUACAAUCCCAGUAAAAAAAACUAUAAUCCUAUCACAGAUGCUUUUUGGAGUGUAAACGAAAAAGUUCCAUAUUUAGCCUUGGCACGGACAUUUGAGUUAAUAGAAAGUGAGAGUAGUCGUCUGAAGAUGAUUGAAAUUCUGUCAAACUUUUUUCGAUCUGUUAUAGCAUUAUCAAAAACAGAUUUGGUAGCGAGUAUAUAUUUAUGUUUAAACCAACUAGCUCCUGCGUAUGAAGGAGUGGAACUUGGAGUUGCCGAGACAUAUUUGAUGAAGGCAAUUGCGCAGUCUACUGGUCGCGAAUUAAGUAAAAUCAAAAAUGAAGUACAAAAGGAAGGAGAUUUGGGAAUCGUUGCGGAAAAAUCACGUAGUAACCAAAAAAUGAUGUUUCAACCAGCAGCUCAUACCAUCGAUGGAGUAUUUACAAAGCUUAGAACAAUAGCUAAUUUAACUGGUCACUCUUCAAUGAAUAAGAAAAUAGAUAUGAUACAAUUGAUGUUUGUAGCGUGUCGUCACUCAGAAGCUAGAUUUUUGAUACGAUCGUUGGCAGGAAAACUGCGAAUCGGACUAGCAGAACAAUCAGUUUUGCAAGCCCUAGCUCAAGCUUGUGCUAUGACACCACCUAAUUUAGAUAAUUAUGAAGAACACGGUCUCAAUCAACUAAUUAACCUCAACGAAACGGCAGCAAAAUCGAAAGUAGAUAAUGUUGCGCUGAUCAUAAAAGAGACUUAUUGUCGUUGUCCCGACUACAAUAAAAUUAUUCCUGUUUUAAUCCAGGAAGGUAUAGAUGGUUUAGAAGCAAAAUGUAAAAUGGUACCAGGAGUUCCGCUAAAACCUAUGUUGGCAUUACCUACUAAAGGAGUUCAUGAAAUAUUUGAAAGGUUCGAAGGCCAAGAAUUUACUUGUGAAUGGAAAUAUGAUGGGGAACGAGCACAGAUCCAUAUUAAUGAUGAAGGAAAAGUAUACAUUUACAGCAGAAAUUCAGAAAAUAAUACUUCAAAGUACCCAGAUAUUAUUUCACGUAUUGAGUCCGUAAAGAAAUCAAGUGUAGAGUCAUGUAUUUUAGACUGCGAAGCUGUUGCUUGGGACUGUGAGAAUAAAAAAAUUCUCCCAUUUCAAAUAUUAAGCACACGCAAACGAAAGGAUGUGUCUGAAGCUGACAUAAAAGUACAAGUGUGUGUCUUCAUGUUUGAUUUAUUGUAUUUAAAUGGUGCUUCAUUAAUUAAAGAACCAUUUUAUGAACGUAGAAGAUUAUUGCAUGAGCAUUUCCAAGAAAAAGAUGGUGAAUGGAAAUUUGCAACAAAAAUUGAUUCAAAUGACAUUGAGCAAGUCCAACAGUUUCUUGAUGAAGCAGUUAAAGGAAAUUGUGAAGGACUAAUGGUGAAGACACUUAAAACCGAAGCAACGUAUGAAAUCGCAAAACGAUCAAAAAAUUGGCUCAAAUUGAAAAAAGACUACUUGUCUAACGUCGGAGACUCCUUAGAUUUAGUAGUAAUUGGUGGAUAUCAAGGAAAAGGAAAACGAACAGGAACUUAUGGAGGGUUUUUACUUGCUUGCUAUGACAAUGAGAAUGAAGAGUUUCAAAGUAUUUGCAAAAUUGGCACAGGUUUUAGUGACGAAGAUUUGAUAAAUCAUUCUAGUUUUUUAAAAAACCACAUUAUAAAAGAGCCAAAACAUUAUUUUCGUUAUGAAGCAAGUCAUGAACCAGAUGACUGGUUUGAACCUAUACAAGUAUGGGAAAUCAAAUGUGCCGAUCUUAGUAUAAGUCCUGUAUAUAAGGCUGCUGUUGGAAUCGUCGAUGCAGAAAAAGGUAUAUCCUUAAGGUUUCCCCGUUUUAUCCGCAUCAGAGACGAUAAAACAAUUGAAGACUCUACCACAGCACAGCAAAUAGCUGACAUGUACUCAAACCAAGAUCAAAUUAAAAAUCAAGAUCAAACCGGAAAGUCGAACGAAGAAGAUUUUUACUAACUUAUAUUCAUUCAUAAUUGCAUGUUAAACUAAAACAUCAACUUUUGUACUGAAUAAACAAAAUCUUAUGCUAUUAAUUUUAAAGAA